AUGCCCAUACACCUCACCACACUGUCAAACAAGACUGCCCCAUCGCAGCCGGCAUCCACAACUGAGAAUCCUGCAAAACGACGCGCCUCGUCAGGGCCUGACAGCGAGAGCAUCAGCCCGCACACGACACGGCGGCCUCCUCCGUCAGACUGGAGGCAGCCACCACCUCCACCAGCGCGGGCCCCCGUGACGUGGACGGAACCGCGCAUCUUCACUGAACGGCUGUCGGCUGCGACCGACCACCCCGGAGGUGCCCCAGACGCGGGCGCCCCGGAUGAAGCCAUGUCUAUGCCGGCGGGGUCGUCGACCACGGGCCCCGCGACCACCGCCGAACCCGCCUCAAGGGCGGCGGUCGUCGUCAACCCUGCAGCAGCCAGCAGCAACAUCACCAGCGGUGGCCCGUACGUGCGCCGCAAGCGCGCCCUCGCUGCCUGCCAGUUUUGCCGCCUGCGCAAGACCAAAUGCGACAACGUGCGGCCCGUCUGCGGGUCCUGCCGGCACCACCAGGCACGGUGCGUCUACACCGACGGCUCCGAGGGCGACGGAUCGCAGGUCGGGCUCGACGAGGCGGCGAGCCGGCACCGCGAGGUGCUCGAGCGCCUUGCCGACAUUCAGAGCCUGCUAGCCCGGCAGCCGUCGAUGCUUUUAUCUGACGCGGGAGGGGCGCGCAGCAGCGGGGCGGCGUCCGAGAUGGGCGGAUCUGUGACGAGCGCGUUGGCCGGUGGCGGCGGCGGCAACAGUGUCGUCGACUGCGAGAGCAACGCUGGUGUCGGCGGUGGCGGUGCGGCGGUCGAGACGGAGAGCGCUGUGCCUGAUUACCUGCCCUCGUACUCGUCGUCAGCCACGGCGUAUCUGCAGUACACCAAGUGCGAGUCGAUCCUCAAGUGGCCUGUUUUCGUAGAUGUCAUGACUGGUGAAGACGCUGAGGUCGACUCGUUCAUCUUCGAUGAGUAUGUGCGCGGGGACGACGAAGAGCGUGAAGAGCGCGAAUCGGUCUUCAUGCCAGCUAGGGAAUCGGCAUCACCUGCUUCUGUUUAUGGUGGCACUGGUCAGAAGAAGCCCAAGACGACACCUCUGUUCGGCCCGGGCGUGCGCGACCAGGCCUUCGUCACGUUGUCUCACAAGUUUCUUGCUCUGGUCAACUGUCGGAAUCCAAUCCUGGACGCCCACGACCUAUUGUCAUUUGCGACGUCUGUGGCGGAGGAUGGACUAGAUUGGGAUGCUAAAUCUUGCAUAGUAUGCAUCCUUUCCGCUAAGAUACACUUCCAGCUUCUUGCUUGCGCCUUGGCCAGCUACUCCCGCGCCUGGACACCUCCGCCCUAUGUCCGCUCUGCACCGUCCCCAUCCGCAGCUCGCCGCGACUCAACUGUUCCCCCGGACGUCAUGUCGGCGUCCGACGACGACGCGGCUAAGGCCUAUUAUGAGGCCGCCCAGAGACGUUUCGGGUCCCUCGGCUCGUCGCUCAUCGAUGUCCAGUGCUUCUACUUCGCAUCUCUUUUUGAGAGGUUUGCCUUCCGGCCGCUGCAGGCCUGGAUGUAUCUGCAGCAAGCCGCGACACGGCUGCGUCUUCACCACAUGCAGCGGCGUGGGCAAGACCGUCGUCGUCGUAUGACUGGCCAAGAUGACUCUCAUAUGGAAUCAGGGCCGUCUACUAUCAGCUAUCAUUUGGAACAGAGGGCGUUUUGGUCCAUUCACAAGGCUGAGAGAGAGUUCGCCACAGAACUCGGCAUCGCCCUCGCCAGUGACCUUACAGGCUUAAAGUACCCGGCCGCUUUCCCCACCCCUCCAGAAACUCUGAAAUAUUUAAUCCCUAACGACGACGGCGAUGAUGGCGAUAUUUCUGAUUUGUUCUCGCCUCGGAGGAAUGAGUUCAUUUUAUUCUUCUAUCUCGCUGAGAUCUCACUCCGGCGCACGUUUGAUGAAGUCCUCUCUGUCGUCUACGAGAAGGGCGAGCAGAACUGGAUUGAGAAUAUCGACCUCGUCUGCCGACAGUAUUACGAGUCAGAAAAGCAAAUAUGCGACUGGCAAUCUCACCUCCCCCGAACAAUGCGCUGGGAUCCGGCAUCUCAACCAAUUAAUGAGAUGGCCUACUACCUCGAAAGCCGCUUCGAAGAAUGGAACGAAUACAUCCUCCGCCCCUUGGCCUACUACUGUCUACACUACCCGCCUACCAAACCCCCGACGCCAUCCAUCGUCGCCCUGGCGCAGCGCGACAUGACGCUCUGCGUGAACUGCAUCAUGCGCUGCGCUAAUUAUGAUCGCCACGGCGGCACAUGGCUCGUCCUGCGCCGGACCUUCCGCUGCACGCUCAUCAUACUGGCCGCUGUGAUCGCCGAUGGGCCUCUGCGGCCGCCGGAGAAUUGGCAGGAACUGACGCGUAUCUCGAUUGCGACGCUUACGCGUUGGUCUGUGGGCGUCCAGGACCUGCAACGGAUGAGAAAGGUACUGGAGCGAGUCUUUCGCGCGGUUUGCGAGACUGAGGCUACGAGAAUGUCUGUCUAA